GUGGCCAUGCCAGGGAUGAGUUUGGUUCGUGUCAGCAUGGCUCCCUGAGGAGCUUGCCACCAGACCUUGGAAAUCUGAAGUGCCUCACCCACCUGGAUCUCAGCUUCAACAGCCUCUCCACCUUUCCCAGCUGCAUCCUCCACCUCCCCAGCCUCCGUGGGCUCCUGGUGAGCCACAACAGCCUGGUGGCACUCCCCGAGGACUUUGGCUCUCUGAGCAAGCUGACUUUCUUCUCUGCUAUGAAAAAUCAGUUGAAGGACUUACCUCAGAGCAUUGGGGAGCUGGCAGAGCUACAGGAGCUGGAUCUCUCAGAAAAUGCUUUGGAAUUCCUCCCCGAAGAAGUUGGGAAUCUGCACAACUGCACAGAUCUGGAUCUCUCAGGGAAUCGCUUGUCAGGCAUCCCAGACUCCCUAGCCAAUCUGAAGUCUCUGAAGCAGCUGCAUCUCCACAGCAACCUCCUGGUGACAGUCCCUGCCUCGCUUGCCAGCUUGCCCAACUUGUCCAGGCUUGAUCUGCAGAACAACUGUCUCCGUGUGGUGCCCCCCGAGAUCCAGACCUCGCCGUUCGUCCACCUCCGAGGCAACCCCCUGGGACAGGCUGAGCCAGCCCCCCAGGCAGAUGAAUCCAGCUCCAGAGGGCUGCGAAGACUCUUCCUGGCACCAGGAGAGGACAGCUUCACUGUCACCCCUGAAGGCUGCAGGGUGGCCCUGGCCUGUGGCACCCAGCUCUGCUUUCCCCCGGGGGCUGCCCCCGCCCCGCUGCGCAUCCGCUGCCGAGCCCUGGCCCCGGACCCCCGCUGGGUGAAGCUGAGGCACCACGACGUCCUGCUGAGCAGAGUCCUGGAGCUGCAGCCUCACGGGGUCACCUUCCAGCAGGAGGUGCAGAUCUGGAUGCCUUGUGCCUCCCCUCAAGCCCUUCCCCAGCGUGAGGUGGUGGUUCGGACCUUCAGUGGGCAGAGCUGGAGUGACCUGAGAACAAGGGUGGAGCAGAAGAGGAAAUCCAAGAAGCACGUGGCUCACUGCAGUGUCCUUCACUUCUCGUGGUUCCUCGUUGUGUCCCGACUUGUGCAGAAUGAGUGCAAAGUGCCCACAGAGGGGACCUUGCUCUUCUCCAGCGUGGACCCAAACAUCAAGGUGACAUUUCCUCCCGGAGUCACUGCGGAGACACGCAGCGUCAAGCUGCAGGUGCUGCCAGUCUCUGCUGAAGAGAUAGAGGGGAUGGCCAGUGGGUGCAGAGCCAGUGCCCUGCUCUGCCUCUCCCAGGACUCCCUGCUGGACUUCCUCAGGCCCGUGAGGGUGCAGCUGCCCCUCCCGCCCGGCGUCACAGGACUGAACCUGGAUCGGUCAAGGCUGCACCUCCUCCAUGGAGACCUGGAGGGCCAGACCUGGGAUGACAUUACCAGUCAGGUGGUGCUGAGAUUCACCCAUCUGUAUGCAGUGUUUGAAGUCACCCACUUCUCCUGGUACUGGCUGUGGUACACCACCAAGACCUACAUUGGGGGCAUUGCCAGGAAGGUCUACGAGCGGCUGCGCAUGUACCAGGUGAACUUCAUUGCUCUGCAGAGGAGGAAGGACCCCGAGCAAGUCCUGCUGCAGUGUGUCCCCAAGCACAAGGUGGACCCAGUGCUGAAGAAGCUGCAGGACCGCUACCGAGGCCCGGAGCCCUCCGACAUGGUGGAGAUGUUUGAGGGAGAGCAGUUCUUUGCAGCUUUUGAGAGGGGCAUCAGCAUCGACACGGAUCGCCCCGACUGCGUGGAUGGACGGCUCGCCUUUAUCUUUUACUCCCACUUGAAGAACAUGAAGGAAAUCUAUGUGACCUCCCUUGUAGACAGGAAAGGCCAAGCUGUAAAAGGCCAGGUCUCCUUCUACCGAGGGGCAGUUCCUGAGAGUGUCCCCGAGGAUGCCAGCAGGAGGAGGAAGGGACCAGACUCCCUCUGGCUCGCUACUCUGCCCAUCAAACUGCCCCGACUGAAACCCCGCUGGGCUGAGAACCCCAGUGCCCUGAACGGCUUCUCCUUCCCUCCCUUGAACCUGGGCAACGCCGAGACGGGCUACCUGACCCAGAGCAACCUGCUGGGCAUCGCCAGGCGCCUGGGGCCCGACUGGCAGAGCGUGGGGCUCAGCCUGGGCCUCACCUACCAGCAGAUCCAGCGCAUCGCGUACAACAACAGAGAGGACCUGGACAAGCAGGUGCAGGACAUGCUUUUCUCCUGGGCUGUGCAGCACUCGGAGGAUCCUGGCUGUGUGAGCAGGCUGCUGGCAGCCGUGAGGGAGAGCGGCCGGCAGGACAUUGCUGAGGAGAUGGAGGCCACCCUGGAGCUGGGCAGGCACAAGUACCACCAGUCCCUGCGCAGGGUGGGCCUGGAGCAGGGGAGCAGCACCCAGGACUCGGCCACAGCCAUGGGGUAG